AUGGAUUUCCUGAGUGGUAGUGGAGCGGGUCUCGGUGCUGGACUAAGGUCGGAAACACCCGGGGAGGUCUCUAAUGCGGACGAGGGCUCCGCGAUCCUCUUUCCUGGUUAUAGUUUUAAUUUCGCUGUCACGUUUAAUGAAUCCAACCAGUCCUCCAGCGGCUUUCUACACACGGGUAAGGGAGACUUUGUGGGAGAUGGGUCCGCUGUCUUGAGAAUCCUCAUAUCGAUCAUUUACUCGGUGGUAUGCGCACUGGGACUGAUUGGGAACCUUCUGGUGUUGUACCUCAUGAAGUCUAAACAGGUGUGGAAGAAGUCCUCCAUCAACCUGUUCGUGACCAGUCUGGCAGUCACGGACUUCCAGUUCGUCCUGACACUGCCCUUUUGGGCGGUGGAGAAUGCCUUGGACUUCACUUGGCUUUUUGGCAACGCAAUGUGUAAGAUUGUGUCAUAUGUUACUGCCAUGAACAUGUACGCCAGUGUUUUUUUUCUGACCGCAAUGAGCGUGGCGCGGUACUGGUCACUUGCCUCCGCGCUCAAGAGCAAGAGGCGGCGGCCACGUUGCUGCUCUGCGCGCUCCAUGACCAUCUUCAUCUGGUUCGCAGCGGUGUCCGCCGCUCUCCCGAACGUCGUUUUCUCCACAACUUCAGUCGUGUCCAACGAGGAACUGUGUCUUGUCAAAUUCCCAGAUAGUGCCGGAGACGCGCAGUUCUGGUUGGGGCUCUAUCACGCGCAAAAGGUCCUGAUCGGGUUCGUAAUCCCGCUAGGGAUCAUAUCCGUGUGCUACCUGUUGUUGCUGCGCUUUAUUACAUCCAACAAUGUCAACACAUCCAGCGCCCGGAGACGCUCCAAGGUAACCAAGUCUGUGACCAUCGUGGUUCUCUCUUUCUUCCUGUGUUGGCUCCCUAACCAGGCACUCACGCUGUGGGGCAUCCUCGUUAAACUGAAUGUGGUCCAUUUCAGCUACGAAUACUACACCAUGCAGGCGUACAUUUUCCCGGUGACCGUGUGCCUCGCGCACUCCAACAGCUGCCUAAACCCGAUCCUGUACUGCCUGAUGCGGCGGGAAUUCAGGAAGGCACUGAAGAAACUGUUCUGGCAGAUAACGUCGCCCUCGGUGACCAACAUGAGACCGUUCACAGCGUCUACUAAGCCGGAGCAGGACGAGCAGGGACACGCGCUGGUGGUACCGAUUUGCCAGAGCUCAGCGGAACCGGUGGUGUUCUAUCCCCCCGGGGUCGUAAUGUACCCCAACAGCAGGAACGAUCUGCUACCAAACAGCACGUAG